AUGGAGGCCAAGAAGUACCAAGUAAUCAAUGGAUACAUUCAAUUCAACACCAACUCUGUCUCGGACUCGUGUGUGCUAAUCACUCUGUCAGAGAUCAGCAGGGAGACAUAUGCUUUGCAACCAUCCCGAGUGCCGCUCAGUGCUGAAUUCUUUAGCUACAAGUCUCCAAUCAGGUAUGGAAUCACCAAUCGCCGUGGAUCAUUUGUUGGCAUCAUACAGAAUGAUGGAAUCAGGAUACAAGGUGAGGUCAAUAACUUCACAAUCUGUCAAGUUAUAUCUCGAUCAAAUCCCGACUUCCCUUUCAAAGACAUUGCAAUGAUAUACAGUAGUGGAGGCGGUACAUCAUCCUCGUUCAUUCUACAAGAUGCACAACUCAAUGGACAAGAUAUGGUAUGUGUCAACUUCACAAUGCCAAGCAUUAAUGGAGGCAACAACAAUGUGACAUUGUUCCCUGUGUCCCGAAUUGCAGACUGGCGAGAAUCAAAGGAGUUCUUCAACUUGGAACAACGCGUGAUGAUAUACAUAUUGGCCUUCAUAUUUGGAAUGUGUGCAGUAUGGGGACUAUUCCAAUUGACUGGGAUCACCUACAAACUGGUCACAAAGAUAGAGGUGCCCAAAUUGGUUCAUGCUCUCAUCCUGUCAAUCACAGCAUAG